GGUAAUAUAUGUAACAAAACAUCUUACAAUCUCUACUAAAAAAAUUAUAUAUAGACUUAUUGGACUGUGUUUGGAAAUUUAUCUGGAUGCAUCCAUAUAUUAUUUAUCCUCGUUUAACAUUCGGUGAACAAGGAUAAAAUGAUACAUAGAUGCACUCGAGUGAAGACAACCUGGAUAUCGCGGAUCGCUUUGAUGUACAAGAGCCAUUAAGCGAACAUAACCUAUGAAACGAAGAGAGAAGAACGAGAUCGCGCAAGGAAGUUUAAAUCUGUUUUAAAUCGAAAACAUGGGUGAACGCUACAACAUCCAUAGCCAGUUGGAGCAUCUACAAUCCAAAUACAUUGGUACGGGACAUGCAGACACAACCAAGUUCGAAUGGCUGGUGAAUCAGCACAGGGAUUCCUGUAGUUCGUAUAUGGGCCACUACGAUUUGUUAAAUUUCUUUGCGAUUGCCGAGAACGAAGCCAAGGCACGAGUUAGAUUCAAUCUUAUGGAGAAGAUGCUGCAACCCUGUGGACCACCGCCUGAGAAGCCAGAAGAUUAAAUCGCGCGUUUUUACUUGAACAUUUUUCUUGUGUAAUAAAAACUUUUAAUUCCCGAAAAUAGAAAUAAUAUA